CGUCAUUAUAAGCGACAACGAACGCAAUGGCUGCUAAUUCAAGUGAGCUCGAAAUAGCAAAGAAAAAUCUUACUGAUGCCAUUGGCGAUAAUGUUAAACAUUAUUGGGCAAAUCUGAAGCUGUGGUUCAAGCAGAAGAUCAGCAAAGAAGAAUUUGAUAUAGAGGCACGUCGUCUGCUUGCACAAGAAAAUGUUCACUUUCACAAUGAUUUCCUCCUGGCCAUUUUAACCCGCUGCCAGAUCAUCGUCUCCACACCAGAGGGCGUACCGUUACAGUGGUCAAGUGGCCCUGCUUCAAAGCCUGGAAAACCAAAGGUGAAAAAAAAAAGUUCCUCAAGACAAAAAUUUGACCAUCGAUUUCAGCCCCAGAACCCUCUGAGUGCGGCACAGCCCUUCAGUCCACGGGAUGCAGGUGGAGAGGAUGAAGAGCUGCGUCUCAGUGCCCACACAUUGUUGCUUCCCACACGAGGUCAGUUGGAGGCCCGCAUGAUGGUCACAGCCUUUGAACUGGGUCUGGAUAACAUCACAGAGGAAGCUGUGAACACAAUGGUCCACGCGGUUGAGCAUCACUUGAAAGAUGUCUUGACAGCUGUGAUCACCCGAAGAAAAGCUUACCGGUUACGAGACGGUCAUUUCCCUUAUGCAUUUGGUAACGAUGUGAUGCCUCAACCAUAUCUGAAAAAUAGUCUCGCUGCUUAUCACAGUGUUAUGGAAUGUCCUCCUCCAAGUGCCUCUCUUCCGGCUGGGCCUCCAGUUCAGGUGUCACCAGAUGAAGCUGAACAGCAGGCUGUUCAUUUAUUAGCGUGUUCUGCUGAUACUCUUCCUCCGUCCCUACCUCCAAUCAACAUGUUUGAUCUUCUAGAGGCUUUACAAGUAAACCAUGGCGUGAUGCCUUCACAUACAAUGUAUGCUCUCAAUAUGGAACGCAUUUUGUCACGGCUCUGGCACCCCAGUCACGAAGAACUUGAACAAGAUCAUGUACAUCGGCAGCGAAUUUCCUCAAAGGAUGGUAUAUUAGUUGGUUGAUAGAUUUCAUAAAUCAAAACUGGAACUCUGUGGAUGGUAUUAUUUCUAUAACAUUGGAACCUUCACGUGGUUCUUGUUGUGUAUAAAAAUGAAUGGACCAGGUUUUGUUACUCUGCCGAUUACUUUACUUACUUACUUUACUUACUUCACUUUUAUAUGGAAUUUAAAAUAUCCAUAGUUCUUGGAUUUGUGUUCUUCAUCUUUUCUAGAAGUAUGGCCAAUGUGUAAUGUGUUUUUUUUUCUGUACAGUGUUAAUAAAAUAUUUUUGUACUUGUCAACUAAUUAAAAUGCAGCAAGCCCA